GAUCAGUAUUUUGGAGUAUCUUGAGGAAACAAGACCUGAGCCACCAUUAUUGCCACACAAUGAUCCUGUGAUGAGAGCUACGGUACAAAUAAACUUAUUCUUCCUCCUGUGACAAACAAUUCAUUGUGCCAAUUUCUACUUGCAGCAGGCUGCCCAUUGAGAUAAUUCUCAUUCAUCUAACUACAUCCCAAACUAAUUUUUAGAUUCGUCAAAUUGUGUUUGCGAUUGCAUCAGAUAUCCAGCCAGUUCAGGUCAGGAUGAGUAUUGAAAUAUAACAAUUAUACUGAAUCACAGAAUCAGUCUCUUAUAUAACUAGCCUACACUUGUAAAAAUCUCACAAUUUGUCAACAAGAUGUGUUUGCAACAGGCUUGUAGCAAGCUUGUCAACAAGUUGUAACAAUUAAUGCUAUUAUUUUAUCAAGUUGCUACAAGGUUGUCACUCACAACUUGUUGACAAAUUGUCGAAUUGCAGGAAUGAUAACAAGUUGUUGGAACAACUUGUAACAAGUCUGUUGAGCUCAACAACCUUGUAGCAAGUUGUCAACAAGCUGGGAACAAGCAUUGUGAACAUAUCAGAUCUUUCCAUUUUAAAAAAUCCUAGAAUCUUAGUGUUUUAAAGAAAGUUGGAGAUGAAAAAAAAGCCGAGUGGGGACAUUACUGGAUUGACAAACGUUUUGGAGGUAGUGAAAUAUCUAAACCUGCUUUUCAUCUUGAAAGAACUUUUUAAAUAUUUUAAUUUACAUUAAUUUGUCUCCUUUAGGUGUUGAAGAAAUGUUGAAGAAGACGUCAGGAAAAUACUGUGUUGGCGACGAGGUGAAAUAUUGACAUCAUAUCUGUGUGAUUUCAUCCAAAUGAAUGUCUUGUAUAGUUUUACUCCAAAUACUCUUCAUUUCUAGGUAACAAUGGCAGAUCUCUGCUUAGUUCCUCAGGUUUUCAAUGCAAACAGGUAAAUUUAAUUCCCUGGCUAACAUUUUUCAUUUCCACUUUCUCUUAUCUCUACCCGCUCAGAUUCCUAUCCUCCAUUAUUUUCUCUUGUCAUACUUAUACUUUGUUAUACUUGGAUAUUUUGUUACACAGGCCAUACCUCGUCAUCCAUAUACAGUUUACUCCCAUCCUCUGCAACUUCAUAAUGUCUCUGACCAGCUCUCCUUCAUCUCUUCUUAUUACAUGUCCAUACCAUCUCAAUCUUGCUUCCCUCACCUUCUCUGCAAUGUCUACCACCCCACAUCUUUUGAUCUCUUCAUUCCAUAAUGUCUCUGACCAGCUCUCCUUCAUAUCUUCUUAUUACAUGUCCAUACCAUCUCAGCCUUGCUUCCCUCACCUUCUCUGCAAUAUCUACCACCCCACAUCUUCUUCUGAUCUCUUCAUUCUAUAAUGUCUCUGACCAGCUCUCCUUCAUCUCUUCUUACUACGUGCCCAUACCAUCUCAACCUUGCUUCCCUCACCUUCUCUGCAAUGUCUACCUCCUCAUAUCUUCUGAUCUCUUCAUUCCAUAAUGUCUCUGACCAGCUCUCCUUCAUCUCUUCUUAUUACAUGUCCAUACCAUCUCAGCCUUGCUUCCCUCAUUUUCUCAGCAAUGUCUACCAGCUCACAUCCUUCUGAUCUCUUCAUUUAUAAUAUUUUGAUGCUACCCUCUGCAAUUAUUUUUCCCUAAACUUCAUUCCAGAUUCAAAGUGGACAUGACGAAAUUCCCACAUAUUUCUGAAAUAAACGACCGUCUAAUGGAACUUGACACGUUUAAAGUCGCUCAUCCAUUCCGCCAACCCGACUGCCCUGAUGAUCUCAGAAUUGACUAAAGGCAAAGCUAAGUAGCUGGGAAAGAGAAACUAAUAUUUGAAAAAUACAUUUAAUGUGUUUUAUACUCGUGUAUAAGGCUAGAAAGCAUACAAGUAGCUGUGAAUUAGUCCUAGGGGUGGAUCUAGCCUCAUCUGCAAUGAGGGGUGCAGGUUUUCCAUGGGGUGGUGCAUGAGGGAGCCUUACUGACCACUCUCCUCUGGAGUCUGCAACGCUACUAUCCCAACAUUACCAUUAUUUGACAUGGCCGAAUCUGCAUGUUCGCCGUUUUGUUACGUUUUACAUUUUUUGUUUACAAAGUUUAUAUCGGCUUUUUAUCACGUUUGCGUGACUGGACAGUUGCUGUAGCGCAGUACAGUAAAUUU